AUGACGGUGGCAUCUGCAAGUGGGCCACAAGUGUGCUGCAUCACUGCCCUUGAUUUGGUAAACGCUUAUUUCAGAAAGAGGCGUGGGGGAAAGGGUGUGAGGGGUAUUCAUCGCGAGGCGCCGGUGGCUGAAGGACGUGGAUUCCACGGGAACGAGGAGGCCAAGACAUGUACGUGUUGUCGUUCUGUUGACCACGUGUAUGACGAUCAGGAUUAUCCCGUGUACUAG